GCACUACAGGGCCUAUGUCAGGGAGGGGGCCCUCAAAAAUCGUUGCCAGGGUAACCACAGGGUGGCUGGCAUCCCUCAGCAGGGCUGGCAGAGGCUUCAGAGCUUCUUGUGUCUUCAGUUGGUUUUUGAGAUGUCCUGGUGGUGGCAGUGAGGCCAAGAAUCAGCACAUGGCCACCAGGUCCUAUUGGUUCUUCCUUCCAAAUGGCUCCUAUCCUGCCAGACCCAAGCCAGAGCAGGCCUCAAGUGCCACUGUCUAUGCUCCAGGGACAAGGGCCACCCUGAACUCCCUGGCCCUCCCCUGCCUGCUCUCAGAGCAGGGGUGCAUGAAAGGAAGGGAAAGGAGCUUUGAAAGCAGUGUGGAUGAGAGCAGGUGCUGCCACGUCUUGGGGACAGCACCCCAGAUGACCAGCAGCGAUGCCCUCCUAGCCAGCCGCCACGGGAUGGAGGGCUUCAUGGACUCAGGGACACAGACGGAUGCUGUGGUGGUGCUGUCCUUGGCUCAGGCCGCCGUGCUGGGCCUCGUCUCAGAAAAUGAGCUCUUUGGAGCCACCAUAAGCGCCGAAGCCUUCUACCCGGACCUGGGGCCGGAGCUGUCCGGGGUGGCCAUGGGGGAGCCCCGGCCCCCAGGCCCCGAUGUCUACCAGCUGGCCUGCAACGGGCGGGCCCUGGAGGAGCCGGCGGAGGAGGAGGUGCUGGAGGUGGAGGCGGCCUUCGAGAAGCACACCCGGCGGAAGACACGGCCGCCUGUGCGGCUGGUGCCCAAGGUCAAGUUUGAGAAAGUGGAGGAGGAGGAGCAGGAGGUCUACGAAGUGUCAGUGCCCGGUGACGACAAGGAUGCAGGCCCGGCAGAGGCUCCUGCCGAGGUGGCCAGUGACGGCUGCGAGGCCCUGGUGCAGAGCAGCGCCGUCAAGAUGAUUGACCUCAGCGUCUUCAGCCGCAAGCCCCGGACGCUUCGGCACCUGCCUCGAACCCCGCGGCCGGAGCUGGACGUAGCCCCCUACGACCCCCACUUCCCUGACCCGGCCCGGGACAGCUUCCCCGAGCCGAGCAUGGCGCUACCUGGGCCAGAGGCCUUGCCGGCGGAGUGCGGUUUCGAACCGCCGCACCUGGCACCCCUGAGCGACCCUGAGGCUCCCACCAUGGAGUCCCCGGAGCCCGUGAAGCCAGAACAGGGCUUCGUGUGGCAAGAGGCAGGCGAGUUCGAGGCUGAUGCGGCGGGCUCGACAGUGGAGCGUCACAAGAAGGCCCAACUGGACCGGCUGGACAUCAACGUGCAGAUUGAUGACUCGUACCUGGUGGAGGCGGGAGACCGCCAGAAGCGCUGGCAGUGCCGCAUGUGCGAGAAGUCCUACACAUCCAAGUACAACCUGGUGACGCACAUCCUGGGCCACAACGGCAUCAAGCCGCACUCGUGCCCGCAUUGCAGCAAGCUCUUCAAGCAGCCCAGCCAUUUGCAGACACACCUGCUGACGCACCAGGGCACCCGGCCACACAAGUGCCAGGUGUGCCAGAAGGCCUUCACACAGACCAGUCACCUCAAGCGUCACAUGCUGCUGCACUCGGAGGUCAAGCCCUACAGCUGCCAUUUCUGUGGCCGCGGCUUUGCUUACCCCAGCGAGCUCAAGGCCCACGAGGUGAAGCAUGAGAGCGGCCGCUGCCAUGUGUGCGUCGAGUGCGGCCUGGACUUCUCCACCCUGACCCAGCUCAAGCGCCACCUGGCCUCCCACCAGGGCCCCACCCUCUACCAGUGCCUCGAGUGCGACAAGUCCUUCCACUACCGCAGCCAGCUGCAGAACCACAUGCUCAAGCACCAGAACGUGCGGCCCUUCGUGUGCACCGAGUGCGGCAUGGAGUUCAGCCAGAUCCACCACCUCAAGCAGCACUCACUCACCCACAAGGGCGUGAAGGAGUUCAAGUGCGAGGUGUGUGGCCGGGAGUUCACCCUGCAGGCCAACAUGAAGCGGCACAUGCUGAUCCACACCAGCGUUCGGCCCUACCAGUGCCACAUCUGCUUCAAGACCUUCGUGCAGAAGCAGACCCUCAAGACCCACAUGAUUGUACACUCGCCCGUGAAGCCAUUCAAGUGCAAGGUGUGCGGGAAGUCCUUCAACCGAAUGUACAACCUGCUGGGCCACAUGCACCUGCACGCGGGCAGCAAGCCCUUCAAGUGCCCGUACUGCUCUAGCAAGUUUAACCUCAAGGGCAACCUGAGCCGGCACAUGAAGGUCAAGCAUGGCGUCAUGGACAUCGGCCUGGACAGCCAAGACCCCAUGAUGGAGCUGACAGGCAGCGACCCCUCUGAGCUUGACGGCCAGCAGGAGAUGGAGGACUUCGAGGAGAACGCUUAUGCCUACGCCAGUGUGGACGGCAGUGCCGAGGCCAGCGUCCUCACCGAACAGGCCAUGAAAGAGAUGGCCUACUACAACGUGCUAUAGCAUAAGCCGGGCCUCCCGGCACAGGGCGAGGAGGGUGAGGGGCCUCGGGGGAGACCCAUGUGCUGCAGGCCACACCUCCUGCAGCCCAGAAACAAGCUACUGCCCCGCCGUCUUGAGCCCUCCCCUCCCACUCAGUCGUCUGCACCACUAGGGACUUGUAGACCAAAUGGAGACUGUACUACUGGCCUCAGCUGUGAACCAGGCCCACCCGAGGCGUUCGUUCUAGGGAGGGAAGGCUACCCGGGGGCCCAGGUCAGGGUCUCCCUGGCCUGCUGCGAUGGGCAGGUGGGAGCAACGUGGAUGGGGCCAUUUGGGGACAAGGUCACAGGGCACAGGUUCUCAGGUCUCUCCAGGCCCAGCAGAGCUGGGGCAUCCAGUGUAGACAGGGCCAUCCUGAUGGCUCCCCAGGGGGCCUGUCCCUGGAGGAAGAGAUCUCUUAAGCCAUGCCUUGUUUCUCCCUUGGACUACCCCCUGCCUCUAGGGACGUCUGAGCUCUUGUGCUGGUCAGCACGGCCCCCACCUCCCCAUCCCCACCAGCCCCCCGGCUGGAGCCCCUUCCCCACCCUGUCCAUGACAGCCAGGCAGGGCCCUCUGCCUCCUACCUCCUGGUGCCUCCCUCGCCCUCCUCCAGCCAGGCCUGCAUGUGGCGCCCCCUCCCCGCCCUCCCCCAGCCCCGAUCUCUCCAGCCAACCCCCAGGAGGCCCCCUCCUUCCAGCACAGUUUGGAAAUGGGUGUCCCUAAAGUGGAUUUCAACAAACUGUUACCCAGUUCUGUCUCAAACAGGGGACACCGCAGCAGGGUCCCCAACAAAGCUGCAACUUGCCUCGCAUCAGGCACACACUAACAAAGACAGAUGGAGGCCCCUUGAGCGAGAUGGCAAGCACAGUGAUGGGGUCACUGGGGACCAAGAGGGGCCAUCCUCAAGGAGGCCACGUGAGGUGGGGGGGGGCUGGAAUUUUUCUCUUAUUUAACGUCUAAGAAGUAUCCAUUUUGAGGAUGGGGACACAGCCAAGAGUCAGCGGGGUCCCAGGAAGAGCAACAUAUUUGAAAAGGAAAAUGAAGACCAUAGAGGGGAAAAAAAAAAUUUCUUUUUUGAGCAAAGGGGGUAUUUCGAAAGUAAUUUAUUAUUUUUUUUUCUUUCCAGCUCUGUGUCACUUGUUACCUUUUCUGAUUCAUUUUCUUUUCCUUAGUGGAAGCUUUCUUGUGUGCUGUGUGUGCUUUGUGCCUCCCCGACCAAGAGCGGCCUGGGCCUGGCCUGGAGGGACUCAGCUCAGGCUCUGAGGGUGUGGCCCUGAGGGUAUAGCCGCUGGCAGGAAGCUAGGGAGGCCAGGGUGAGAGACAGGAGGAGGCAGAACCCUGCAGACCCCUGCCCAUGACUUGCUCUGCACCACCCAGAGCAGUGGCCAGGGCUCAGUCUCACCCUCUCUGUCCCUGAGCCAGCUCCUGCCCCCACAACAGAGGACUGCAGCCCAGGGCAGCGAGGAAGCACAUUCAGGACAGCUAGGACCCCCCACUCACUCCCUGCAGCCAUUCUGAAAGGAACAGGAGGUGAGGCCCCCAGAGACCAGGAACUGGAGGGAGAGGGGGUUGCCGGUUUGAAAUGCCACUGUUCCCAGGGCUGUAUCCUUAGAGAAGGCCCAGGCCAGGCCUCAGGGUGGCCCGAGAUCAGGACCGAGAGGAGGACGAGGCAGCCUUGGGAUCAGGCAGCCAGGUGCCCCAUUCUUCUCUGCUGGAGUGCAUGCUAAGCAGCAAAUGAGAGGGCGGGGGAGGGGUGGGGGGCCACAGGAGCCUCGCUCCAAGGGUGGCCCUCAGACCCCAAGGCUCCAGCCUCCCAGGUGCCCGCACGAUGACCCUCAGGUGGCAGUGACCCCGUCACUGUAGAAGAUAUUUUCUCCUGCUGAGCAGAAGCAUCAUCCCCGCAAACUACCUCUUCCCACGACGUCUUUCUCCCCUGGUACCAAAAAGAACCCCGUACCUCCUCCUCCCUCUCCUCUUCCUGCCAGCGCAGUGGCCUUGGUCUUGGACACCCACAGGAGAAGGUCUGGCCCCAGGGUGGGGCUCCCCUCUUCCCCGAGCCCCGCCAUCAGCACCAGCCCUCCGCGAGGUUUGAUACUUGAACGUGCCCCGGCCCUGGGCCAGGCUGAGAGGAUGAAGCAGCACAACUCACCACGCGAGCUGGGGGUGGUCUCGGCGAGGGUCCCGUCCUCACCCCGCCACCCCCCACCCCAGCCUUUUCAGAAGAGGCAUGCGGCCUCUCGGGUGACUUGGAAACUCCUGGAUGAAAUUCCAUUCUAACUUAUUUUGAGGUGUAUACAAACCAACUGUUUAGAAAUUCCACUUGUGCAAAGCCCUACUGUGUUCUAUGUUCCCGUUUAAAAGAGUUUACUUAGCAAUAAUUAUAAAUAAAUGAAUAUUCUUUA